AUGUUCCGUGCAUGGCGCGGUUGUGGCGGUUGCGGCCCUUUGCUGCUGCGCGCCGGGCAAGUGCACCGGGCCAGAUACAUACGUUGCAUUGUUUCAAAGCGAGAAGGGAAGCGAUUCCCUUGCACUUUGGCCUUUGCGACAUCUUCAUUCCUAGCUUGCAACAUAGGCAGCUGGUCUUCAUGUGAAGGGCCAGAAGAGUCCAAGGAGCUCGUUUUCGCCGACGAGGAAGUGGCAUUGCUGGCGUCCGUGGUGGAGGCCGCGACCGAGAAUCUGCUGCAGUGGGCACAGGCGCCUGCCCACUGGUGGGAUGAGUGCCGCACGAUCCGUGUGGCCGGAUUCCGGGAUGCGCGGCACUGCCAGAAAAAGCUGGAGGGCUUUCCACUGAAGUUGCAGAUGGUCUCUGCAGUUUGGGAGGAUGUCUCAUUGGAAGAGCUCAUCAUGGUCACCGAGGUGAUCGACGACUGUGCGAAGCUACAGUUCGUCCCUGUCAUGGAGAAGGUGCAAACGCGCUUGGUCUUCGGAGGGGGCUUGCGCCUGCUGCAAACCAGCAUCCGACCUGCCUUGCUGGGCUUGGUCUCAUCAAGAGAGGUGGACAGUCUGAUGAAGGAACCAGAGAUGAGAGAGUCAGGAUGGGUGGUAAGCACUGGAGUUGGAUUGCAAUCACCUCUCUUGGUGGAAAAGAUCGAGAACGGUGGGUCUUCAGUACUGAAGACCUUGGUAUCAGCUCCACCAAGCAAAGGCAAGGUGCGUGCAAUCGAUCACACCAGUGGCUACGCCUUCCGCGCGGGAGAUCAACCCAGGAGCUGGCACGUGCAUAUUCUACUUCUGAGUGAGCCAGGCGGAGGACUUCCCCACUGGGCCAUGGAAAUGGGCAUCUACUAUGGCAUUCUAGAUUGGUUUGUGGCAGCCAAGAAGUUUUUGGCCGAAAAAGUCGGAAGCGUCAUGAAAGUCGGAAGCGUCGUGUGCUUUCUUCUAGCCGCGUGGGGUUUCGGUCCCGGUUUCACGGGACAUGUGAAAUGCCAUUCGACCACAUUCCUUGAAAGCAGGUGGUCUUCUUUGUGGCAUUUUGUGGCUCAUGCUCUGACUUUUCUUGCAGGCUUUCAACCCUCUGCAGACAAGCCAAGCUGUUUUUUUCCAGCACUAUUUCCGACAAUUCGACAAACCCAACUUUGGAAAGUCUUCACGCUUUCGUGCAGUUUGAGUACCGUGUGGGCCGCCUGUGGGGCCGACAGGCAUCAUCUUUGCUUGCAAGCUGCAUAG